CCACUGGGGUACCACCUCCAUUGCUCUGAAAACCCCAAACCCAGUGAAGCCCCAUCCCCAAAUCCAGCGAAGCCCUAUCCUCAAUCCGUCGAAUCAGCACAUGGUUCCACCAACGAAGGCACCAAUCGUCCAACGGAGCUCCAACAGCUGCCAGAACACAUAUCUGA